AUCCUCAGUGCGGGCGAGAGCGGUGGUAAACAUGGCGUCGGAAGGGAUGAUUUUAACCAACCACGACCACCAAAUUCGAGUCGGAAUUCUAACGGUGAGUGACAGCUGCUUCAGGAACCUGGCUGAGGACCGCAGUGGAGUAAACCUCAAAGAUCUGGUCCACGACCCGUCACUCCUCGGAGGCAUCAUAUCUUCCUACAAAAUAGUCCCAGAUGAGAUCGACGAGAUUAAGGAGACAUUGGUGGACUGGUGUGAUGAGAAGGAGCUGAACCUGAUUCUGACCACCGGGGGAACAGGCUUCGCCCCUCGUGAUGUCACUCCCGAGGUACAUGGGGACCCCAAAGUUUGUGUUUGUGUCCAUGCCACCAGAGAGGUGAUCGAGCGCGAGGCCCCAGGGAUGGCCCUGGCUAUGCUGAUGGGCUCCCUCCAGGUCACACCUCUGGGCAUGCUCUCCAGGCCUGUCUGUGGAAUAAGAGGCAAAACCCUCAUUAUCAACCUACCUGGCAGCAAGAAGGGCUCACAGGAGUGUUUCCAGUUCAUCCUGCCCGCUCUGCCCCACGCCAUUGACCUGCUGCGUGACGCGGUGGUGAAGGUGAAGGAGGUUCACGAUGCCCUGGAGGACCUGCCCUCACCCCCACCGCCCCUCUCCCCGCCCCUCACCCUCAACAGCGUCGCCUGCACCCAGACAGAGGAAAAGGGUGUGCAGUGCGAGGAUGAUGAAGAUGAGAAGACGAAGGACAUUGGGGUGGCGUCCACCGAGGACCACCACCACCACACCCACUCCCACCACCGCCAUUCCCACUCCCACGGACACAACUCGCACAUCACCGCCGCCGCCAUCGCUGCCAAGAAGGGGAAGCCCCAGCAGCACCAUAACCAUGCUGUUGUCAUGGCAAAAGGUAGCCAGUAUCUACCUGGCCUGGUAUCUGACCUACCCCCCGCCCCACGUAAUUUCACCUGCUUCUGCUCUGGAGACCAGCCGGUAACGAUCCCAGACAGCAUCAUCUCCAGGGGUGUGCAGGUUCUUCCUAGAGACACAGCCUCUCUGAGCACCACGCCCUCUGAGUCGCCCCGCGCACAGGCCACCUCGCGCCUCUCCACCGCCUCCUGCCCCACACCCAAAGCCCGGCUCCCCUCCUGCUCAUCCACUUAUAGUGUCUCUGAGGCCGCACGGAGAGAGUUCAGGGCUCACCUGGAUGAGGUCAUCACGCUCCAGUCUAGGUACUCUACCUUGGACCAGCUCCACUCUAGGUUGGAGGGGCUCAACGAGGACCGCAGAGGCCAUAGCAGGACCUACGACUCGCGAGUUCAAUCACGGUGUGGCAGCAAAGAGAACAUCCUGAGAGCUAGUCACAGUGCGGUGGACAUCACCAAGGUGGCUCGCCGGCACCGCAUGUCUCCCUUCCCCCUCACCUCCAUGGACAAGGCCUUCAUCACUGUACUGGAGAUGACCCCCGUGCUCGGCACUGAGAUCAUCAACUACAGAGCUGUUCCACCUGACCCAGAUGCUCUCCAUUCCACCCUGUCUAUCGAUGGGAUGGGUCGAGUCUUAGCGCAGGACGUCUAUGCCAAAGACAACCUGCCUCCAUUCCCUGCAUCAGUCAAAGAUGGCUACGCCGUGCGAGCGGCUGAUGGUCCUGGAGAUCGCUUCAUCAUUGGAGAGUCACAGGCAGGACAGCAGCCCACCCACACAGUGAUGCCGGGCCAGGUGAUGAGGGUGACAACGGGGGCUCCUAUCCCCUGUGGGGCGGAUGCUGUGGUGCAGGUGGAGGAUACUGAACUGCUCCGAGAGUCUGAGGACGGCACAGAAGAGCUGGAGGUGCGGAUCUUGGUACAGGCACGGCCUGGACAGGACAUCAGGCCUAUAGGUCAUGAUAUAAAGCGUGGGGAGUGUGUCCUGUCCAAGGGAACCCACAUGGGCCCCUCUGAGAUCGGCCUGCUGGCCACCGUAGGAGUCACUGAGGUGGAGGUGCAGAAGUUCCCUGUGGUGGCUGUCAUGUCCACUGGCAACGAGCUGUUGAACCCAGAGGAUGACCUGCACCCAGGGAAGAUCAGGGACAGUAACAGAUCUACACUGCUGGCCACCAUUCAGGAGCACGGAUACCCUACCAUCAACCUGGGCAUCGUGGGAGACAACCCAGAUGACCUCCUCAACGCCCUGAACGAGGGCAUCAGCCGUGCUGAUGUCAUCAUCACCUCAGGGGGCGUGUCCAUGGGAGAGAAGGACUACCUGAAGCAGGUGCUGGACAUUGACCUCCAUGCCCAGAUCCACUUUGGACGGGUCUUUAUGAAGCCAGGUCUUCCCACCACGUUCGCCACUGUAGACAUUGACGGGGCACGGAAACUGAUAUUUGCUCUACCAGGUAACCCAGUGUCUGCUGUCGUCACCUGUAACCUCUUCGUCAUCCCUGCUCUGAGGAAGAUGCAGGGGAUCCUGGACCCUCGGCCCACCAUUAUCAAAGCCAGGCUGUCCUGUGAUGUAAAGUUGGACCCUCGUCCAGAGUACCACCGCUGCAUCCUGACAUGGCACCACCAGGAGCCUCUGCCAUGGGCACAGAGCACAGGAAAUCAGAUGAGUAGUCGACUGAUGAGCAUGAGAAGUGCCAAUGGGCUGCUGAUGUUGCCUCCUAAAACAGAGCAAUACGUGGAGCUGCAUAAAGGAGAGGUUGUGGAUGUGAUGGUCAUAGGACGACUAUGAUGAUGUCAUCUUACAGGGACAGAUAGAUAGAGAGGAAGUGGUGCAUGUCCACAUAUCAUAACUAUUCUGUAAUACGUAACGGCACAGCAAGUUUUUAUUGAUUUGGAUAAUAAAGUUGAUCAAGUAUAAUGAAUCAACAUCUCGAACACAAAAUAAAUGAGUACAUACAUUGAUCAUGAAAAUAUGAAUUUGAAAAUAUAAUUGUAUUUCAAAGAAAGACAAAAUGUAAUACCUUUUAAAAGUGGAGAAAAAUAUAUAUAAAACAUAAGAGAUUUAUUCUGUAAUAUAUUAUAUUAUUAUUAUAAGUAUCAUGAUUAUUAUGAUAAUUAUUAAUAUUAUAUUAUCAUCAUAUUAAGCAACUCUGUUUCUCUUUCAUCCUUGCAAUUGCUUUGUGUGUUCAACCCUAGACCUUAUAGAUAGAUAGCAGUAGCAUUUCAAUAGGAAGCUGUAGGUGCUUAACAGGAUUAAAAAAGAAAGCCUAUUUUCUUAUCUCACAAAAAGGUUAAAAAUACAUCUUUUUUUUUUUUUUUACAAUGAAAACUCUUUCGAGAUAAUGUCAGAAGUCCCCCUUGGUCUAUGUCCUGAUUCUCCAUCCUUCUCCUGAAGUGUGCACAUUGGCUGGAGGGAGUUUCCACCGUUGCUAAAUCCAUGCAAGAAAGUAUACAGGAAAAGAGUGGAGAAUCAGGAUGUAGCCUUGGUGCUCUGGCUUGAUAGGAGAAGUGCUUUCAGGGUCCUGAGGGUGCCUUUAGGUGACAGCUAUCUUUACCUCCCUUUAGUAUUCUUCUCUUAUAUGCCACAUUAUAUUGGCUUCAUUAUGCUUCAUAAUGGCUUCACACACAGCUUUACUUGUCGUUUAUCUUGUGAGUCGUGUUUAUGUGCGCAGUGCCAAAAGUGGCAGGCAUCAUGAUGAGACCUGGUCCUGUAUUUAUAAAGUGGCUCUGAGUAGGAAUGCUGAUCAAGGAUCAAGGCCCGUAUCCACAAAGCAUCUCAGAGUAGGAGUCCUGAUCUAGGAUUAUUAAUUAUGAUCUAAAAUGCAAAACGGAUCCUAGAUCAGAACUCCUACUCUGAGAUUAUAAGCAUUUCGCCUCACCUGCUUUAACAUCUGCUAAUCUGUGUACGCAACAAUAAACAUUGAUUAGAUUUUUAUUUGAGAUGCUUUGUGGAUGCAGGUCCAGGUCCCCCCGGUCUAUAUAAUCGUAUUAAUUAUGAUUUUAAAAAAAUAAACUGAUCCUAGAUCAUCACUCCUACACCUUUAUGAAUACAGGCCUUAAAGGCGGAGGAAGGCAGUGGCCCACUAGCUUCAUCAGUCUAACCUCACCUGGUCCCACACAGAGAUAUGUAUAUUCUGGCUCUGGUUCCACAUGCCCUUCUACUCUACCAACACCACCUCUCUCCCCCCCACCCUCACCCCUCCAGGACUGCUCACCUCACACACACUAGUACAGAUAGAUGAGGGAACUGGGGUAGGGAGAGAACUUUAUCUUUUAUUUGUUUAAUUUCAAAAGGAAGAAACAGCUUAUUUAAAGUGCUGACUGCCUUUUUAACAACUAUUAAAACAAUGUACAGAAAAAAUUAUUAAUAAAAAAGUGAUAUUGUACAGAUGUUAUGGUGACCAGCACUCCUAAAGAAAUUAAUGAAGCAAUGAGGAGAUAUUGAACUCUGUACUAUAAAACAUUUCUGUAACGAUAUUGAUGAAACUGAUGAAAAAUAAAAAAUCCUUGAUCAUUAUGUAAAA